UGUGAGACUGGUGAAUGGUGACAGUCGCUGUGCUGGUAGAGUAGAAGUUCUUCAUGAUGGUCAGUGGGGAACAGUGUGUCAUUUUUCCUGGGAUAUGACUGAUGCUGCAGUGGUGUGUAGAGAGCUGAACUGUGGAGGGCUUUACAAGCACCAGGAUAUUCUUACUUUGGACCAGGAUCAGGAAAAAUCUGGAUGGAUAGCGUGAAGUGUAAAGGAUCAGAGUCUACACUGAAGGACUGUGGAUCAAAAGGAUGGGGUAAACAUAGUAACAGCUGUGGUCGUCAUAAUUAUGAUGCUGGAGUCAGAUGCUCAAAAACCAUAAACUAUGCACGAUUUACAAGACUUGCUGAUGGACCUCACCUGUGCUCUGGGAGGUUAGAGGUGCUUUAUGGGAACACAUGGUACACAGUGUGUGCCGCUGCCUUUGACCAGCAGGAUGCAGAGGUUGUGUGUAGAGAGCUGGACUGUGGGGCUCCUGUACAGGUGCUGGGAGCAGCUGCUUUUGGCAAAGGAGACGCUCAGACGUGGACACAAAAGAUUCAGUGCAGAGAGGAUGAAGCAACCAUUCGAUUGUGUCCAACAUCAAAUGACAUAAAGUGCUCUCAAGACAACAAUGUGGGACUGAUAUGUUCUG